AUGUCUGAUUCCAACUCAUCUACACUAUGGGUGACCAACAACACUUGGAAGGUGAUGACCCUUGUGGUAAAGCAUGCUCACCUCCUUCACCAAGAAUUUCCUCUUGGAGUGGAAUUCCAGCUAGGUGCUAUCGGAACCUUCCCACUCAGAGUCUUGGAUUCUGUGGCAUGGACUACUGCUCAUUCAAGGACUCCUCGCACAUGGCAUACUGAUAUACACACUGAAGGACCAGCGAUAGAUGUUCACUCAUCUCAAGUGGAAUUUGGACAUCCAGACAUCACAGUUGCACUCACAUGUCUUUUGUACUACUAUGGAGGCCUCACUGAGAAACAAGUGGCCCUCUGCUUCCACCAGCUACUCAAGCAAGGCAAUCCUGCAUUGGAAUAUGAGAUAUGGAUCAAGGGGCUGUCUUCAGAUUCACUUCCAGAUAACCUGCAAUGCCUCAGUGGAAUCAAUAUAGAGUCUACUGAACAGUUCACCAAUUGUUUGGUACCUCUCUUCAGGUGCAACAAGGCCGUCAUAGACUUCUUCUUAGCUCAGUUUGUCCUUCCAAAGGAAGCCAAGGAGUUUCCACACAAGUUAUCUUGCUCUGCCUGGGAUCUUGUGGAGCAAAAGUUUUCUGGAUUGCCUACCACAGGCUUCAGUGGAACAAACAACUUUCGCUACUUGCUAUCCACCACCAUAAUGCAACAUCCACUAGACCACCAGCGUGGUACAAAUGCCAGAGUCCUCAGUCACUUUUUGCAACAAGAGAAUGAUCAUUAUGAUUCGAUUGCUGCCAGUGGAGGCUCUGAAGAGCUCCUUAAUGUCAUCAUGAGCCGGUCGCCUGAAAUACACGUCUUGCUCGAUGUGGGUGCACAAGUGCUUGACUUGCAGAAUGACAAGGUGGCAAAGAUGUGGCUGGACAUCAAUCAAGAUGCUCAAGUGGCAAUUUAUUUCAACAAGCACGAUGAGCUUGUGGUGCACACUCGGGAUCAUGUUAUAGAACCAUUCUUGGCAUCUUCCUUUGCUCAGCAAUUAGACCAGUGUGUAUUGUAUCUGGAUGAUGAACACACCAGAGGAAUAGACGUGAAGUUGCCUCAGGGAUUCCACACAGCUGUCACAUUAGGGCCAAAGGUCACCAAGGAUCACCUUGUCCAAGGUUGCAUGCAUAUGAGAAAGCUUGGCCAUGGUCACUCAGUCAUGUUUUUUGCACCUCCAGAAAUAGAUUGCAGCAUUCAAGCUGUGAACAACAAGCAUGAUAAUGAAGACAUUCAUCCAGAGGCCAAGCACUUGGAAGAGCUAUAUGCUCCAACUCUGACAGACAUACCUGCUUCACAUACAUUGCUAAAUGAAGAUUUUAUGAAGAGAUGGAGCAGCCUCAGAUUGGGCAUUUCAACUGACCACUGCCUGGACGAAGAGCAAGAGAGAGAAGUGGUACAUGAGAUUGAGUGCAGGAGCAAGGUGGAGAGACCACCACCAAUGUUGGCUGCUACCCAUAGCAUUGAUGAAGACAUCCAGUACUUCAUCCAAACAGGCACCAUUCUGGAUGGGUCUCAUGUGUUCAUUGCCAUUUUUGACACCCUCACCACAACUUCAGCUGCUUUCUCUGGCCGCCAGCCAUGGUCACAGGACGUGUUUACCUCAAGGGAUUUUGCCACAACUGUUCUGACUGAAGAAAAUACAGACAGCUACACAUGCCCAGUUAAUUGGAUUCUUUCAAGUACAGCAUCCCCAGGCAUGCAGGUGCUAGUCAUUGUCAGCCCCUUCAAGGCUAACGUCUUAUUACCUGACAUUCAGGCAAGUAAGCAAGUUCACUUGCAUGCUUAUACACCUCAUGUCAUCAAGAUGACAAAGUCAUGCGACGACUUGCACCUUUACAUCACCCCAUCAAUUUCUGUGCAAUGGAUGCCAGAUGACACCCCCAUCUGCCAGCUCAAUGUCUUUGCUGAACAACUAUACUUUCCUCACCAGCGCACAUAUGUGAAAUUAUGUCGCCUUUUGGGUAUCUACACUGCAGAUCUCAAAUAUCAGGGUACCUUUGUGAUUCAAAGUGAUGGAUUUAUCAAACCAGUGUAG